CACCGCAAGCACCCACAAAUAUCCGGCUUGAACGAAGCAAAAAACGUGGACUGCUGGCGACUUGGGACGAUAACAACGAGUGCUUGAAGCGUCAAGGACCACGUUAUGGUGUUUAUGUCUAUGAUGAAACAAAUCGACUGGUGUAUGAGAUAUACGUUGCCGAAAAAUCAGCGUUUCUCGGUGGCCUAGACGUUUGCUCACCGUACUGGGUUCGCAUCAGUACAAUUGGAAUUGAGGGAGUGAGCUCAGCGUCAGCCAGAAUCAAGACAUUCGAUCCUCCACUUGCGCCCAGUGCAACCCGUGUGAACUUGAGACCGAACGGAAAUAGCGCGACCGUGUCUUGGGAGUACAGAGACACAUGUGCUGCAGAAAGCUUCCAAGUUUCGCUGUACAGUUCCGAUGGGCUGACUCUACGCACCGUGAACACGAACGACCGAGAGGUGCAUCUGGGUGAUUUGCCGGUGAACGUGCCACUUCUGGUUGACGUUUCCGGACAAAAUGCUGAGGGAACUGGUCCCCGCGGUGAGCGCGUGCAGUUUAUUCUGCCCACAAUACCACCUUCCACUCAAACCAACCUCGUUUCGUACCAAGAGCCGAGAAGCCCCAUUGACAUUGCGGUUUCUGUUCUGCGCGGUCGGCCAGAGGUGAACGUGUCGUGGACUGUUGCGAAUUCUCAGACAAACCAAAGUUUCACCGUCAGAUUGUACAACGGAUCAUCUGUGAUCCAACAACGGACGACUGAGUAUUUCAACACCAGUUUUCAGCAGGUUGAUCCAUGUUCUUCGUGGACAGUCGGGGUUAUCGCACAUAACGCCCACGGAACUGCGGAGGAGUGGUUCACUGAGGAAUUCCGCAUACCAGCAGGUGUGGAAAAGUGCGCACUGGUCUCUCCUAGUAGAAUUAUUAGCAAAUCACGUCAGAAGAUAACAGAUAGCCUUCGAAUGCUACAUAAGCGCACGCAAUCAAGGAAGAAGUACCCACUCAACUGCGCACAGAUGAUGUCUCCUCGUGUGGUGACGAAACGUUUGCAAGCCAAUUGCCAAGCUCGGCGAACAGAUCAACAGCCAGCUGAUCAACAACCAAUAAAUUACAGAUCAAAGUCUCCCGAACCUCCUGUUGGCGUGACAAUACAGCUACAUCGUCGUAAAAGAAUGGUGACCGUAUCGUGGAUGCAUCACUGUGCACACACUUUCACAGUUUACCUCUACACUGAGAACACCGUAACAAACGAACAGACAACGCGGGACCAUCACAUGACAUUCGGGAACACACCGCGCAGCAUGAAUUUUCGCGUGGGAGUUGUGGCCACAAACGAUUAUGGAACAAGUGUUGAAGCCAUCAGUGCUGCAUUUUGCACAUCCGGCUGUUGCGGUGUUUUCU